AUGCAUCUUUUUUUCUUUUCCCUUUUCUUUUAUGCCUUUGCGCAAGCCAUUGGGCCCCAGGCCGUGCUUGCACCAGCACCUCAGCCCGGCUAUGCAGAUAUCCAAGCCACGAGGGAGUUUUGGAUGCGUCGCGCCAUCGCCGUCCUCGAGGAGCAGACCGGUUCGCCCUGCCCGUUCGCCGCUUACGGAGCCGUCAUCGUCAACCACACCGCCAACGCCUGCCCAACGGCCGGCUCUGACCAGCAGACCUGCCCACCCCCCGCCGGCACGCUCGUUUGCUCCGCCGUCAACGCCAUCCGGGCGACGGGCGACCCCACGCUGCACGGCGAGGUGGCCGCCCUGCGCGCCUGCGCGGCCGACCUGCAGCGCCCGCCGCACAACCUGUCGCCGGGGGCGGCCCAGCGCGCCCUCCGCGGCCUGUCGCUGUACACGACGGCGGAGCCGUGCCCCAUGUGCGCGGCCGCAGCGCGCUGGGCCGGCCUGCGCGAGGUCGUCUUUGGCACCAGCAUGCCGAGGCUGGCCGCGCUGGGCUGGGCCCAGAUGGACAUCCGGGCCGCCGAGGUGUUUGAGAGGAGCCAGGGCUUGGGCGUGGAGACGACGCUUGUGUCGGACGUUCUGGACGAGGAGACUGAUGUUUACUUUGCGUGGCAGUUUGUGGGGGACAGCGCCCAGAAGCCGGCAUGCCCACGCGGGUGCCAUGCCGCCCGGCGCGGUGAUAAGGGCUGGGGCUGCCAGCCUGCUUGA